GGCAGGAUCGUGAUGUUAUCUGCUGGCAGCAGAAGGUUCGCUCCGAGGGGAGCUCCAGAAGCUCCCGACCAGAGAGAGACAGAGAGAGAGAGGCAGGCAGAGGCAGCGGGAGAGAUACAGAGAGACCGAGAGAGGCAGAGAGAGACACACACAAGGAAGAGCGAGAGCGCAAGUGAAGGAGGACUGGCGAGAGGGAUGGAGAACCUAGGAUAACGGUCUAGGGAGCCAUUCGGGGGCAAACCGAGGGGCUGCCUGGCUGCAGAAAAGAGGAAGGAGAGGAUCUACUGCAGGCUGCCUACUACCCUCGGCGAGAAAGCCCAAGUGGGAGAGAAACCAGGAGUGGGUGGGCAAGGGUGGGAGUCCAAGGGAACCCCUUCGCAACCCCCUAGGAAUAAAACUCCCCUGUCGGCGCGUCCCGGGGCUGCCGCUGCGGUCCGCGGGGGGCGAAAGCCACGGCGGCGGCCGCCGCUCGUCUGUUGCCGGGUUGGCGUUUCGAGCGAGAGGAGAAGGAGCAGAAGGAGGGAGCUGGAGGCCGGACGCGUUCGCCAGCGGCGGCGGCGGCGGCAACGUGGAGUGACCGGGCGGGUCGGCGCGCCGGCCGGGGUGUCGGCCCCCGCGCGCACCUCCGGGAGCAGGAUCCUCGCCGCGGCCCCCGCGGCCCCCGCCGGACGCGGCCGAGUCCCGGGCGCAGCGCGAAGCGCUCCCGCCUCCCCGCCGGGGCCGGGCUCGCUCCCAGCGCGCGCACACGGGCGCGCGCGCGCGCGCACUCACACACACACUCACACACGUGUGCGCCCCUCCGCUCCGGAGCUGCUGCUGCUCCUACUUUCAGCGCCGUAGUGGAAGGCAGGGCCGCGCUGCUCCUUCUUUAAAUAUAUAAAUUGGAGCCGGCCGGCCUCGGCCGCCCCCCUGACAGCGCUGCCCGCGGCCCUCCCGCCGGCGCUCCCGCUGCCAGCCCCGGGACCUUUUCAUCUCUUCCCUUUUGGCCGGAGGAGCCGAGUUCGGAUCCGCCACUCCGCACCCGAAACUGACACACUGAACUCCGUUUCCUCCUCCUAAAUUUAUUUCUGCCUAAUAGCCACUCGUCUCUUUUUUUGCCCCCAUCUCGUCGCUCCAAGAAAACUUUUGCUGACUCCCCCAAGUGAAGCUUCCCCCUUGCCCGUCGUGUAUUAAUAUUUCCACUUGGGGAACGACUUGCCUUUUCUUUUUAAAGGAAUUCAAGCAAGAUAGCUUUUUCUCUCGGACAUUGACUCCCGAUUGUUUGCAAAAGUUUCGCAUUAAAAAAAAAAUCUACCUGAUCUGUACUUUGAGAGUUGUUGGUUUCUUUUUAUUUUUAUUACUUUUUUACUUUUUUAAAAAAAAUUUUUUCCACCUUAAAAAAAAUGCACUACUGUGUGCUGAGCGCUUUUCUUCUCCUGCAUCUGGUCACGGUCGCGCUCAGCCUGUCUACCUGCAGCACGCUCGACAUGGACCAGUUCAUGCGCAAGAGGAUCGAGGCGAUCCGCGGACAGAUCCUGAGCAAGCUGAAACUCACCAGCCCCCCAGAAGACUAUCCCGAACCCGAGGAGGUCCCCCCGGAGGUGAUUUCCAUCUACAACAGCACAAGGGACUUGCUCCAGGAGAAGGCGAGCCGGAGGGCGGCCGCCUGCGAGCGCGAGCGGAGCGACGAGGAGUACUACGCCAAGGAGGUUUACAAAAUAGACAUGCCGCCCUUCUUCCCCUCGGAAAAUGCCAUCCCGCCCACUUUCUACAGACCCUACUUCAGAAUUGUCCGAUUUGACGUCUCCGCCAUGGAGAAGAAUGCUUCCAAUUUGGUGAAGGCAGAGUUCAGAGUCUUUCGUUUACAGAACCCGAAAGCCAGAGUGCCUGAACAACGGAUCGAACUGUAUCAGAUUCUCAAAUCCAAAGAUUUAACAUCUCCAACCCAGCGCUACAUCGACAGCAAAGUCGUGAAAACCAGAGCAGAAGGCGAAUGGCUCUCCUUCGAUGUCACUGAUGCUGUUCACGAAUGGCUCCACCAUAAAGACAGGAAUCUGGGAUUUAAAAUAAGUUUACACUGUCCCUGCUGCACCUUUGUACCAUCGAAUAAUUACAUCAUCCCCAACAAAAGUGAAGAACUAGAAGCGCGAUUUGCAGGUAUUGACGGCACCUCCACAUAUACCAGUGGUGAUCAGAAAACAAUAAAGUCCACUAGGAAAAAAAACAGUGGGAAGACCCCACAUCUCCUGCUAAUGUUGUUACCCUCCUACAGACUUGAGUCACAACAGUCCAACCGGCGGAAGAAGCGUGCUUUGGAUGCGGCCUAUUGCUUUAGAAAUGUGCAGGAUAAUUGUUGCCUACGCCCACUUUACAUUGAUUUCAAGAGGGAUCUUGGGUGGAAAUGGAUACAUGAGCCUAAAGGGUACAAUGCCAACUUCUGUGCUGGAGCGUGUCCGUAUCUGUGGAGCUCAGACACUCAGCACAGUAGGGUUCUCAGCUUAUAUAAUACCAUAAAUCCAGAAGCAUCUGCUUCCCCUUGCUGCGUGUCCCAGGAUUUAGAACCGCUCACCAUUCUCUACUACAUCGGCAAAACACCCAAGAUUGAACAGCUUUCUAAUAUGAUCGUAAAGUCUUGCAAAUGCAGCUAAGAUUCUUGGAAAAGUGACAAGACGAUAAUCAAACAGUGAUGAUGAUGAUGAUGAUGAUGAUGAUGAUAGUGACAAAGGCAAUGUUUGUAACAAGAAAACACGAGAGAGCCUUGCUUCAUCAGUGUUUAAAAAAAAUUUGAAAAAGCGGUACUAGUUCAAACACUUCGGAAGUUUGUGUUCUGUUUGUUCAAACUGGCAUCUGAAACAAACAAAAAAAAGUUGAAGGCUUUAUUCUAUAUUUUACCUACCCUGUAAGUGAGAGAGACAAGAAGCAAAACCUUUUUUUCUUGAGAAAAAAAAAUAAACACUGGAAGAAUUUGUUAGUGUUAAUUAUGUGAAAGAAAAAAAAAAAACAGGAAAAUCCCGUUAAGUGGAGUUGCUGUACAUACGUUUUUAUCCCAUGCCUCACUUGAUUUUUCUGUAUUGCUAUGCAAUAGGCAUCCUUCCAUUCUUACUCUUAGAGUUAACAGUGAGUUAUUUAUUGUGUGUUACUAUAUAAUGAACAUUUCAUUGCCCUUGGAAAAUAAAACAGGUGUAUAAAGUGGAGACCAAAUACUUGGCCAGAAACUCAUGGAUGGCUUAAGGAACUUGAACUCAAACGAGCCAGCAAAAAAAAGAGGUCAUAUUAACGGGAUGAAAAAUGCAAGUGACCUAUUAUAUGACCGAGCAAGUCUGCAUGUAGAAAAGACCCUGCAAACACAUGCUCUCUACCAACUGCCGGAGGAAGCUUCUUGUAAGGUUCAAAACUGAAAAGCCUGUUAAUAAAGGAAACUUUUGGUCAGAAUAAGUCUGUAAGAUUUUUUUUUUUCCUUUUUAAUUGUAAAUGGUUCUUUGUCAGUUUAGUCAACCAGUGAAAUGUUGAAAUGUUUUGAUAUGUACUGGUCGAACUUCAGACCUUAAAGUAUUGCUGUAUAGCUAUGCUCUAGAUUUUUCCUUCAUUUCGGUGUAUGUAACCAUACCUAUAUUACUACAAUAGAUGGGUAUAGAAGCCAGUAUAAUUGGAAACACAUCUGCAGAUCUCUUUUGCAAACGAUGAAAUCAAAACAUUAACUACUUUAUGUGUAAUGUAUAAAUUUUUACCAUAUUUUUAAUGUUCUGUAAUAAUGUCAACUCUGAUUUAGAUUGGACUUAAAUUUGGGCGCUUUUUAAUGAUCGUUCGGAAUUGUGUGUUUCCUUUAGCUGGCCAGUACUUUUGAGUAAAGCCCCUGUAUUUUGACUUGCACUACAAAUACAUGUUUGAUAGUAUUUGUUCCACCUGUGCUUUUGCAUUGUCCAUUAUUAUGACAUAAGCUACCUGAGUCCACUUGUCCUUUUUUUUUUCUUUCAUAAAAAGACAUAGUUUUCCUUCAUUUUCUAAGCAUCAUUACUAAUCAGUUCAGACAUUAACAAUCUUCUAUUUUAGGGAAAUUGGGGAUUAUAGAUACAUAGAUAAUUGAGGUGAAAUGUUUUAGUUUUAGCAAGGGCUUAAGGAUCUGACUGGAACUCAGAAUCUUGGUGACUGGGUUAAGAAAGGUUUCUCUAACUUGGUUUAAUCAGUAUUUUCACAGAAUUCUACUGUUAUAAAAGAGCAGACAGUUCUUAGGAAACAACUUUUUCUUUAAUCGAGUUUUUAGUGUUCAGGGAGAAAUGGAAAGAUUUACAUUUUAGUUGAUUUUUUUUUUUUAAGGAAGAAAAAAAGCCCAGGUCAGCAUAAGUCAUUUAGUUUAUUUCACUGAAGUUAAGGUUUUUAUAGAUGUUCUUUGAAGGUUGAAAAGGCACUAGGCAAAUUCUCCCAUGAUCAAAAAAUCCUUUCUUUCCUCUGAAUGAGAGUUAUCAAAUCAGAGGUUAGAAUUUACCUUGCUGAAAUACAUGAUUUGCCACAUUUUUGCAGAGGAGGUAACCUUAUGUCAGGGGUUGUAGGAUAUGUCAGUUUGUCAGUUGUCUCUUAUUUAGCUUUAGGAUAACAAUUAAUAGUAAGUCAAUGGAAUAUUUGCAGUUUUACCUAAAGAGCAGCACAAUGAGGUGUGAAUCCAGCAUGAAGUUGUUUGUUUGAUGUAGUGUACUUCUUUUUUGGAAUUUCCUGACCAUUAUUAAAAUGACAAAUUGGAUUUGUUUGAAAACUGGAAAAGCAAGAGAUAGGAUGCCACAGUACCAAACAACCCUUGGGUUGGAUGUAACCCAAUCCCAGAUUGGAGUGUGUUGGUUUUUUUUUUCUCUUCCACUUUUCUAUCCAUUCUAUGUAAAUCACUUAUUUCUGCAGGUAUUUUCCUCUCAGAUAGAAUGACAUUUUGUUUUGUAUUAUUUUGUCUUUCCUCAUGAAUGCACUGAUAAUAUUUUAAAUGCUCUAUUUUAAGAUCUCUUGAAUCUUUUUUUUUUUUAGUUUGGGGGUUUUAUAAGGCCUUUAUUUCCCAUAAGUAAAUAUUGCUAUGAGAGGGGAGGGAGCGAGGAAAAUGUUAGUAUGUGGGUGGGGUUGGCCUGCAGUUUUUCUGUGAUAAACAGCAAUACGAUUUUAUGGUUGGCAUGAUUUUUUUUUUUUUAAAUGGAACAUAAGAAUAGCUGUUUUGUAUUUUGAUGACUGAUUACGCUGUAUUUUAACACAAUGUAUGUCUGUUUUUGUGGUGCUCUAGUGGUAAAUAAAUUAUUUCAAUUAUA